AUGUCCACCUUUCACCCAUUUCCCCGCCUUCCAUAUGAACUCCGCAUGCAGGUGUGGAAAUUGACGGUCGAGCCUCGCACCGUCGAAAUCCGGGUAGGCGGCUUCUACAAAGACCUCGGCCCAAAAACCGAAGACAGACCCGUAGACAGACAAUACGUGCAGUACCUCGUCACCAAGACGCCCGUCCCGGGUCCCCUACAAACAUGCCGAGAAGCCCGGAAUCUGGGACUGUACAAGCGAUCCAUGGCCGAGCUAUCCGACCUCACCGGCGACGAGAAGCAGUACGUCUGGCUAAACCUGGACAUCGACCUCAUCUGCUUCAGGGGCGGCGGGCUGUCCAAAUUCAACCAGGUCGCGCCGAGCGUGAAGCGGCUGAAGCUGGUGCGUGAGAUCUCGGAGAUGUGGUACUACCAGGGAGGGGUGAGCGAGUUCCGCCAUUUCGUCAACUUGGAGGAGGUGCAUAUUGUCUGCAAGGACGGGAUGAGGGCGUGGUACUGUUCCACGGCCGAUAACCACUGGCCUUGUGGCCCGGAGAAUUUGAUCUUCAUCGACCCGCAUGAUGGGCAGGUCUUGAAUGGUGUCGAGAUGGAGGCCAAGUUUGAUGCGAUGGAUCGGUUUGCGAUAGGGAUUGAUGGGCUUGACCAUAGUUCCCAGGGUCCUCCAACCUCAGGGUGA